CUGAAGAGGAACAUACUGUCAAAAAGUCCGGUGAACGUUUGUCAAAAAAGUGUAAAGUUUAUUUGUUUAUUUAUUUCGUGAAUACAUAAAAUUAUUGUUAGAAUUGCGUUAUUAUCAAGUAAUUAUUAUUACUGUUAACGCAGCAAUACAGCCCUCACAAUUUUUGCAAAUGGAAAAAACGGAAAUUGUCGACGAAAUUGGUCACACAUUUCUUACAGAUCAAGGAUAUAUGGUUCAUGCGGAUGAUAUUGAAGAUGAUCAGCUGACUGCCGAAAAUACGGACGAUUCAAAUCAUGACGCUACGGAUAAGUUGGGAGCACCGCUUCGCGAGCAAGAUCGCUUUCUGCCUAUAGCUAAUGUCGCCAAGAUAAUGAAAAAGGCCAUUCCUGAAACUGGCAAGAUCGCCAAAGACGCCAGAGAAUGUGUACAGGAAUGCGUGUCAGAGUUCAUCAGCUUUAUCACAAGUGAGGCGAGCGAUAGGUGUCACAUGGAAAAACGGAAAACGAUUAACGGUGAAGAUGUACUUUUCGCCAUGAGCACUUUGGGUUUCGAUAAUUACGUGGAUCCCCUUAAAAUUUACCUGCAAAAGUAUAGAGAGUGUAUUUUACAGGCCGCUAAAACGGAAAAAAGUUUACAUUCUUCUGAAAUCUUGUACGAAGAGGUGCCAGAAGAUCCGUUUAAUUCCGGGACUGUUAUGACAACAGAAAAUGGACCUGCAGAAACCGUUAUAUACACGUAUCAGGAUAAUAAUGUGCAUCAGUUUCAAUUAGGUUAAUCUCUGUUGUUACAAUACGUAGGCCUAGUUUGUGUGUCCAUCUUUUAUAAUUGUUUAGUAUUUAAAAUAUUCCUUUGAGGAUUAUAAAACCGAGGAAAGUAAUAUUCUUUCACAUGAUUGUAAUUUUGUAAUAAAAAUAGUGCUGUAAUCCAAGGAAUUUCUUUGUAAAACCUUCAUUGUGUAAUGUGCAUGCUUACAAAACUCAAGAAAUAAAAUGCACCCUGUAUAGGUAUAUACAGGGUGUAAAAAUGG